CCAGACUGGGAUGUCCUUAUUUAGUCAGUGAGGAGGAUCAGAGUUUUGUCUGGUCCCCUACUGAGCACUGAACUAACGGGAAAAAAAGUAGUUGGGUAGCUAGUAGAGUUUUCUGCACCAAAAGGACCUCAUUUAAUCUGUCUGAGUUUUCUGUAUAUUCCGUCUCUGCUGGAAGUUCCACACCACCCCUUUCACUGGUUUCAAUUUUUGUUUAAAAAAGGUUUUGGUUGUUUUCUCUUUUCACUUGGAUUUAGAUAUCAGCACUUACUGGAACAUAAUGUUAAAGUGUUUAGGAUUCUUUUCCUGGACGUAAGAUGACCCCUCAGCAGAGCAGCAGCCCCGACUCCAGAACAGACAGUGAUGAGCUGAAGUUACGGAUACACGAGAGGGAAAAGAAAAUGAAGACAACGGUUCAGAGACGCCGUUCGGCCCCAUCAGCCAUCACAAAAGCUCUCAGCAAAUCCAAGGUUCAGAGCAGAGAUGUAGUCCCAGGGCCAUCCGGGAACAGUCUCAUCCAGGCCUUCUCCUCUCAGAGCUCAUUAUUUAUCAUGGAGGAGCAUGUGCACCUCACCACAGGACUCCAGACACAGGAGCGACACCUAUUCCUUUUCAGUGAUACCCUUGUCAUUGCUAAGGCUAAGUCUUCCGCCAGCUUGAAGCUGAAGCAGCAGGUGCGACUGUGUGAAAUGUGGCUGGCUUCCUGCGUAGAGGAAGUUGCAGAGAGGAAGCUCAGCUCAAAGAACUCCUUCGUCAUUGGCUGGCCAACCACCAAUUAUGUAGUCACGCUCAGCUCUGCCGAAGCUAAGGAGAGGUGGCUUUCAGCUUUACAAUGGCACAUCAAGAAAUUGAAACAAGAUGAAUGUCCCAAUAAAAUUGCCUUGAAAAUGAUGUUGCUGAGUCCUGGAAAUAGUUUAUCGACUACAGCUGUGCAAAUAGACAAUACAGACACUGCUGAGAAAGUGAUAAAGAUCAUGGCUGAGCAGCUUGGAAUUUCAGGCAGCCUGACUGAAUACCAUCUCUGGGUAAUUUCAGGGAAAGAGGAAGCCCCCUACCCACUUAUCGGCCAUGAGUAUCCAUUCAGCAUCCUCAUGAACUCCCUCCGGGACACUGUGGAUCAGUCCUACUUGGCCAACAACAACAUUCUAACACCUGAUGGGACCCUCCUCCUGGACCAGCUGCAAAAUGAGCGCCACAUCCAGUUCAUUCUCAAGCUCAAACCAGUCGUGCGCAGCCACAUUCGAGCAGAUUCAUUUCAGAAACACUUCAAGAGGAAGAAGUCCCUCAUAGACUGGGCACUGAGAAGAGGAAAUGGCAGCCAGUCAGUCAGCCAAUCAGAUUCUCCCAACACCCCCCGAAAGUUAUUUGGCCACUCACUGUCUUCAAUCUGUCUCAAUGGAAACCUGCCUAAACCAAUUUUGGAUAUGUUGUAUCUGCUGUACCAGGAAGGCCCAACCACAAGAGGCAUCUUCAGGCGCUCAGCUAAUGCCAAGACCUGUAAAGAGCUGAAGGAGAGACUGAAUGCAGGAGACGCAGUUCAGGUGGAAGGGGAGUCUGUCUUUGUGGCAGCCUCUGUCAUUACUGAUUUUUUACGUAACCUCCCAGGAAGUGUUCUCACUACAGAACUAUAUACAAAAUGGAUGGAAGUUAUGGAGAUUGAUAACCAUGAUGAAAAAAUUGAGGCAAUAAAAAGACUGCUGGACAAGCUCCCUGAGGUCAAUGUCACUCUUCUGCGCCACCUCUUUGGUCUCCUUUACCACAUACAGGAAAAAUCAGAGGAGAACCAAAUGAACGCUUUUAACUUGGCCCUCUGCAUCGCCCCCAACAUGCUGUGGCUCCCGGUGCCUGCGGGGCCAGAGGAAGAGAGCAAAUCCACAAGAAAAGUUGCCAGUCUAAUCCAACUCCUGAUUGAAAACUCACCUUCCAUUUUUGGCGAUGACAUUGAGUCUCUCUUUACUCAUCUGAACAGUAGGGAAGGAGCUCCAGAAGAUGUCAUAGACGAUUCCUUCCAUCAGCUGUACUCUUCAGACGAGUUUGAUUCGGAGCAGGAGAGGCUGAGAGGCCUGCACUCUCCAGAGAGGGAUUCCUUUUUCUUGCCUUUGAAUGAUCUGGUGUUGACAGAGGACAAAGAAAUCUGGGGCCUUCUUGAUGAGAUGGACCCAUUCAAAAAGCAGCACCUGAAAGAAGACAGCAUCUACAGCUGUGGCAACCUCGACAACAUGUCGUUCCGCUCCAGUGGUUCCACUUGCUCCCUGAUCGGGACUCAGGGCAUCCAGUCAUCCCGUGACCGCUGCUCUUCGGAGCCCAGUGUGUGCCUCAGCUCCCAGGUCCUCCCCCAGCUCCAUGCCCCUGUCGCCCGGCAGUCCAGCUGCGAUGCUGCUGUUAUGCGUAACCAGACCGACAGCUCCCAGCACAGGCACAAGCUGUGUGUUGAGAAUGCCAGGGUGCCCAAGGGUGACGCCAGCCCCAGGAUGAACAGCAGGUCAAAGUAUACCUUCUGGAGGUCACCUCAGAUCACCUCAAGGUUCAAGCAUCCUCCCCACAGGCCUACCCUGUCCAGCAGGUCCAGCUUCUCCAGUCUAUCCUCAACGGCCACUUCACCGUCUGCCUCCUCAAUGAGUUCUCUGGACAGUGCCAUCUCGUACUGUUCUGACUCUGUGUUCAGCCCGAUUGAUGCAUCUUUUAUGUUUGGGACCUCUGCAAAGCUUAGACCCCCAACUCCUGAUGCCUCCAUGGUGUUCCCCAAGGAAUGGAACAUGACAUUACCAGCCUCCAGAGCACGGGAACCUAGCAAUUUAGACUGGUACAAUAAGUAUGAUGAAAAAGAUGAGGAAAUUAAUAUCUGCAGUAGUGAAGCUCUUCAUGUUACAAACAUUUCAAGUGAAGAGGCUGAUAAAAGUCAGUCCAACAGUCCUGAGAGCUGGCAAGCUGAGACAUGUGAGAGUGAAAAGGACCCCUACUCUGACACUGAUGGAGCAGAGGCAGACUCCAGUCACAUAGAGAUGAGAGACUUCCAAAUGCACCAGGCUAGUAAACCGGCUGGAGUGUCUGACACUUCUGUGAAAGAUGGAAAGAGUCAGACCAGGGAGACAGCUUUCAAACACAUAAAGCUGAUGAGACCUGAAAGCUUGGAGCCUAAAGAGACAGUUAAGCGCACUAAAAUAACAUUCUACAUGGCCUCCAACACAGUGGCAGUGAAAAAGCAGGCACCCCAAAAUACGGAAGAGCAUGGUUUUUCUGUGAAGGUGUCCAACGCAGGUGCUGGAUCCCCAGUCAUUUCAGAACCAGUAUGCCAAACAGUCCAGGUUCACAUACCCCAGACUGUAUUCUAUGGCCAAAACACCCCUUUGGUACUGCAGUCAGUUCUGACAAGGCAGCCUGCUAGCUCCAAAGAGCAGGUCAAGCAGACAAAAGUGGAUUUUGAAGGUGACCUAGGGCCAGGACACUUAGUUGAGUGCAGUUCUCCCUUGCAAGAAUCUUCUAAAACUCAUUCAAAGGCUGCCAAUUCUAUACGUCACACAAUUAGAAUAAGACUGCCAGCAGCUGUCAGAAACACAGUGAAGGAAUACUUUAACCACAGCGACAGCAAGAACUGCCUUUCAGAUGCAAAUGCUGUGGAGAAAGAGCUACUGAAAAGUAAAUUGGAAUGGAAAAAUAAAAACCUCAUGGGGACACCAAAGGAGAAUAUUGGAACGCUGUCAUAUGGAGAAGAAUCUUUUGUCUAACUGUAGAAAUCACUGACUAAGAGACUUUUUCUUGUUAAAUAGUGGGCUGUCUCACAUCACAUUGAAUAUUAAAAUGCUGUAUAAUAUAACUCUAUUCAAUCGAAACAACAGGUUUUUUACAAUGUGAGAUUUUCUGUACAGCACACAAUGUGUAAUUAGUUGCAGUGCACUCCCUGACACUUUUGUUGACACCUGACAAUUACAUACGUCACUCUGUAACAAAGUAUCUUCUAACAGCACAGUGUCUUUAUGGUAUGGCAAAUGUGCAAACAUGAAUAUUUAUGUUUAUUAAUAAAUGGUGCUUCUCUUUUUCAAGCAAAUAUUUUCAACAGACACAAUUUGAUAUGCAGAGGGAGACUUGAAGCACUCAGCAGGAAUAAAAGUACCUUAAAGGAAUCAAAUCAAUCAAAUUGAAGUAAAAACAUUCCUUUGUUAUGCUUAUUUAAGACAAAAUCUUGAAAUUAUGUUUUGAUCAGCAUCUGAAAUUUAACAAAUUGACUAUUUGUUAAAACAGCCUUGGAGAAUUGUGUUUUCUUUGAAUACAUUUUAAAUAAAUAUGUACAGAUUAUUUUAGACUGUAAACAAAGUGGUCAAAGAGAGACGUUUGCAGCCAUAAGUGGUAAUUGAAAAUUCUUAAUUAAGAAUGUUGAAAAUGAGAGCAAAAGCAAGGGUUUCAUAUGGAAGGAUCUGAAUAGUUUAUCUGAUUGGAGUUUAAUAUAAUUUUGGUAUAAAGCGGAUUGACAUUUAUGUGUGGCUCUUGGAGAGGACACAAGCUCAGCACGUCCAGUCCAGUCCAUCUCUUCAACACUGGGUACCCAACGUGGAUACGCAUACAGGCAGCAAUUCUUUAUUAUUGUGAAGGUCUUGGGAAAAGUGGAAGGUGUUCAGAAGGUGAUAAGGGAAGAAAAAUACAUGGAAAAGGAUGUCUUAAAGAUGAAACAAAGACGGGAAGUCAGUGGAAAAGGAAAAGACAUGAAUACCACUAGAAAGCAAUGGUUGAUUUUAAUAGAGUCCCCUACACAGAGGGCACACGUUCUGUUUUAUCAAAUAUCAUAUGUAAAUCAUACUUUAUUCUUUAGCAGUGAUUUAUAUAUGCACAUUUGAGCGGUUUAAUGAUUUGUUUGUUUUGUUUGGUUAUAUUCCUGCACUGAUUCUGAGGAUUAGAGGUUUCUUUUUGAAACAUUUUAAAUUAACAUUACACUCUUGCCAUAUAUUUUGAAUCAUGAGUGCUAAGCACUUAAGUGCCUCUGUGAGUAGAAUAUUGACACUGAGGGGAAAAUGUUGCUUUUAUUAAACAAUGUUGCUUUUGUUUUGUUCCUACCCCAUCAAGUGUGUCCGUGUUGG